AUGAGGACCGACGCUUCAUUCGCCACCGCAACCGACUCCACCACUGCCGCCGAGACCGGCACGGUGGCUUCCAUGGAUUUUUCGUUCGUCAACGUCAACACCCCGACCCUCCAUGUCACAACUUCACCCAGACAUGAAUCGAUUGGGUUAGGUGCUGGUCUUACGCAGACCCAGGUCUGCGUGAACAUGAAGGCUCGUGAACUCCCAGACGACGACGAACAGCGUGCGCCCAUCGAUUUGAUUGUGGGUUUGGACGUCAGCGGGUCCAUGAAUAACGGCAAGCUGGAACUGUGCAAGAAGACCCUCUUGAUGUUGCUUCGUGUGCUGUAUCCCAAAGACCGAUUUGGUCUCAUUUGCUUCGCAGAGAACGCCAAAAUUGAAGUGCCCGUUCAAAGGAUGACCGAGGCUAAUAAAGCGCGAUGCGUGGAGAAAGUUCGCGCUUUGAGGACCCGCGGAUGUACGAACAUGUCGGCCGCGGUGGGCCUUGUGUGUGAGGAGAUGCGCCAGAUUGACAUUCCCAAUGAGGUCCAGACGGUGUUUUUCCUCACCGACGGGCACGCAAAUGCAGGUAUUUCCAAAGCGGACGCACUCGUGGAUUUCACCAAAAAUUGCUUUACGCAUGAAAGCAUGACGCUUCAAGGAACAGAAGGAGCAGAUGACCAACCGUCUGGUUCCCGUUUCCGUUUCCGUCGCCCUUCGCAGCCCAAGAACGUUCAAGAGGACGCCAAGCCCGCGGCUGUAAUGAUGGACACCGACGCAAAGCCACGAAGCCCCAUCACGCUAUGCACUUUCGGAUACGGUUCCGACCAUGACGCCGAUUUGCUCAGAAACAUGUCAGAUGUGGUCCCUGGCGGGAGCUACUACUUUGUUGAGAAUGACUCCAACGUGGGUGCUGCGUUUGGUGAUGCCCUCGGUGGUGUCCUCAGCGUUGUGGCGCAAAAUGUUGUGGUUUCGCUCACCGUUCCCCCCGAAGCAAAGGCAAAGGGUGUCGAAAUCGUGGACGUCCACCAUGAAAGCAAAGUCAAGCGAGAAAAUGGAUCUUACACCGUGGUGGUUGGAGACUUCUACGCUGAAGAAAGCAGAGACGUCCUGUUCGAGGUGAAGUUGGCUAACAGCAACGGAACCAACGACCGCAUCCACCACGUCGGUGUGGCUGUCUCCUACACUGAUACUCUCUUGAAGGCCCCGGCAAAGGCGCACCCCACAGCCUGUCUAAUCAGCCGCCCUCUUGGGACCGAUAUGUCUCUGCCAAAUCCUCACGUGGAGGUCAACCUGACGCGUCUGAAUGCAACUAAGGCAAUGGCUCAAGCAAAUUCCUUGGCCCAGGCCAGGAACUGGGAUGGCGCAAGGGCUUGCCUCCAAAGAGCCAAAGGCGAGGUCAAGGCUGCUUGGGCUUCUGCGCCCUCGCGCCACCGCGAGGACCUUGCCUCCCUUGAGGCCGACUUUGUGCAUCUUGAAGGAGGAUUCAGCUCUGCUGCCAUGUACGAGGCACAGGGAUCCAAAAUGGUGUCCAACAUGAGGAGCAGUCAUGUCAAGCAGAGGGCUAUGCGCUCCUCUGUGGGUUCGAGCUGGGAUAGGGGCAGCGCCCCCAGACCCGCCGCCUACCAGUCCAAGAAGAAGUGCGCAAUGCAGAGCAAGUUUUCGUCGUCGUCCUAA